AUGAGACGGACGAUGCUAUCACGAUAUGUUCUAUAUAUGUUAUGCGGCGUGAGCGGUGCACUUUCACGAGCGGUCCCAGAUGCUGGACAAGUGCCUUUACUAAAGGACUCACAACAACACGACCCCAAGCCACAGGGUUUGGAAGUCAUGGUUGCAUUCAAAAGGAGUGGAGACGACCACGAGGCGAUGUGGCACCUCCCCCUUCGACAGCCACAACGAGGGUCUCUGUUGCAAGGCGACUCCUGGAGGAAUGCGCGCAAAGAGGUGAACGCCAUAGGCAUAGUGGCCGUAGUCGACGUGCAGACAGGGACAUCGGCAGGACUCGAAGAGUUGGCGCAGGUUAGGUGUACAGUCGAACCGGUGUUCAGCGAGGAGGAAGUCAGGGCAGCCGCUGUGUCUGGUGCGGAGCUGGGUGUUUGGCCGCAUUUCGGUGUGGAAGACGGGAUGGUACGCUUUGAUCGAUCCGAGUCGAGGUGGUUCCUGGCAGGCAGAUCAAUUGAAACUGUAGAGUGCUGGUGA